ACACACACACACACACACACAUAUCUUAUUCUUUUCUGCAGGAGCUAUUAUAAUCGCCGCUCUGCGCGCUGAUUGGCCGCUCGGGUCGGCGAGUGAACGCCCUGCAGAUUAUGUCAGAUUGCGUGCAGAAACCAAACCAGCCCAGCCUUUGAACUUCGCCGCUUUUGGCUCGUAUUCACGCUCCUCCGCUCAUUUCCAAGCAACCAGGUGCUCGACGACAAACCUCAGCGAGGGAGAGAGAGCGAGGGAGAGAGAGAGGAGAGAGAGAGAGAGAGAGAUAGAGGGAGAGAGUGAGACAGAGGGGAAAAGAAACACUGAACACUUUUUUUUACGACUCCUGCAAAACCGACUGCGGAACAUCGCUCUCACCUUUGUGGAUUUUGUUACCGCGUGAGGCAUCCUCGCAUGUGUGAUUGUUUCGCUCUUCUUCUUCUGCUCCUGGUGCCGUCUCGCUCGCGAGCGCGUCUGACACCGAGUUGCGACCGGACUUUAAAGCACGAACGAACGCGCCUCAGUGUUUUUAACUCGGGAGGAGGAGGCGAAGGAAGAAGUAAAAGAAAGAGCGAACCGGCCGCUGGAUUUUUAUUUUCAUUUUAUUUGACUUUUUUUUUCUCUCUCCCCCGUCGCCCGUGCCAGACUUAGAACAUCCCAGCCGUGGCAUGAGUGGUAUCUGGCAUCUGGACAGGUGAAUAGUCCCCCCCCCCUCUUUCCUUCCUUCCUUUCCUUCCUUCCUUCCUUCCUUUUUUCCCGAUAAGAACUUUCCCCCCCCCCCCCUCGCCGUUAACAUUGGUGGAUAAAGAAGCGCGCACCUUUCCAAACAUGUCGAAGCCGGCCGAUCACAUCAAGAGACCCAUGAACGCGUUCAUGGUGUGGUCCCGGGGCCAGCGGCGGAAAAUGGCUCAGGAGAACCCCAAAAUGCACAACUCGGAGAUCAGCAAGCGGCUGGGCGCCGAGUGGAAGCUGCUGUCGGAGUCGGAGAAGAGACCGUACAUCGACGAGGCCAAGAGGCUGCGGGCGCAGCACAUGAAGGAGCAUCCCGACUACAAGUACCGGCCGCGGCGCAAGCCCAAGAACCUGCUGAAGAAGGACAGGUACGUGUUCCCGCUGCCCUACCUCGGCGACACCGACCACCUGAAGGGGCUGCCCAUGUCCGCCGCGGACUCCCUGCUGGGCUCGUCGGAGAAGGCCCGCGCGUUCCUGCCGCCCACCUCCUCCCCGUACUCCUUCCUCGACCCGAGCCAGUUCAGCUCCAGCGCCAUCCAGAAGAUGACGGAGAUGCCGCACGCGCUGAGCGCCGGCACGUUGCCGUACGCGUCCUCUUUGGGAUACCAGAACGGCGCGUUCGGCACCCUGGGGUGCCCCAGCCAGCACACCCACACCCACCCGUCGCCCACGAACCCGGGCUACGUCGUGCCGUGCAACUGCUCGGCCUGGUCAGCGUCGAGUUUACAGCCCCCGGUGGCCUACAUACUUUUUCCAGGUAUGACCAAGACUGGGAUAGACCCAUACUCAUCCGCACACGCCGCUGCCAUGUAACCCCCCCCCCCCCCCAGACUCUGGUUCCCCUUUUUAAUCCACUUGAAUACUGACAUGCAUGUAAAUAUAUUACGGACAGCGGCGUGUCCCAUUUAAAAAAAAAGAGGCAUGAACAAUAUCAACUUUGCCUUGGACUUGGCAAAAGAAAAAACAAAGAGAGAAAAAGACAAAAGAAUAAAAAACUUUUCCAGAAAUCCAACAAGUCCCCGUGCGGAGCAGAGACGCUGGGAUCGGGAGUAGAGGACGGUGCCCCCCUCCCCCUGUCCCCCCCCGCUCCCGUGAACUGUAAGAAAUGUAAAUGUUAUAACAUUUAUGGCAACCAGAAAAAAAGGAGGCCUUUAACUUUAUUUAUUGUGUACAUUUCAAUACUUGAUAGGCUGAUUUGUGUUGGUUAUUGAUAGGCGAUACUCUUUUAUUUUGAAAAAUUGGCUCCGCACAAUUAGCGUUCUCAUUUCCUGUAUAGGCCGAAGUAUUCCACUUUUUUUGGGGGGGGCACUUGUAAUCGUAUGAUGUUCUGGAUGGCGUCAAAAAUCAGGGCCAAAAGGCUGGAUAAUAUACGGGUCAUAUUGUUUUAUAUUUAUCUCCCAAAAGAAACAUCCGGCACAUAAAACUAGACCGUCUAUUUAAGAUGACAAAAGAAAAAAAAUUCAUUUUCAUCCAAAAUGUUCCUCUUUCUUUUUUGUUGCUCUUUUCCCCUGUGGUUCAGUGCUACGAUAUAUAGUCACACCCGUCAUUUUGUUUGCUUUGUUGUUUUUUUUUUGUUCUGUUUGAGGAUAACUUCUAUUUGAAUUCCAGGAGUUCCAUGUGUAUUUUCUAUCUUAAGAUGGUAAUUUAAAAAAAAAAAAGAAGCUGUCAUGUUAUGGAAAGGAUAAUGUAUCUUAGAAGGGUUGAUGCCUCCUGCUCUUUGUUCCGUUGCAGAGCAAAGACGUUUCGAAUAAAGACAAUCUGUCUUCAACGAGA